AACUGCUCCAGCACUAUUUGUGGAAAAGGCUAUUGUUCUUCUGUUGAAUGGCACUGCACCUUUGUCAGAAAGCAGUUGGAUAUAUUCGGACAAGGAAAAUGGCGACCUCAGUCGAUGGGACUGAGACUGUAGGUGAAGCUGCUGGGACCACACCCUAUGACUAUGAGGGGGCACUGCCAUGUGAAAAAAGCAACAUCAAGGAGCUGGGGGCUCAGUUCCUGCCCCCACUGUAUUCCCUGGUGUUCACGGUUGGUCUGCUGGGCAAUGUAGUGGUGGUGGUGAUCCUCACAAAAUACAAUAAGCUCCGGGUUAUGACCAACAUCUACCUGCUCAAUUUGGCCAUUUCGGACUUGCUCUUCUUAUUCACUCUGCCAUUCUGGAUUCACUAUGUUGGGUGGAAUGAGUGGGUUUUUGGCCACCAUAUGUGUAAGUUGCUCUCUGGGCUCUAUUACAUGGGCUUGUACAGUGAGAUCUUCUUCAUCAUACUCCUGACCAUAGACCGGUAUCUGGCCAUUGUUCACGCUGUGUUUGCCCUUCGAGCCCGGACGGUCACUUUUGGUAUCGUCACCAGCAUCUUCACCUGGGGCCUGGCAGGGUUAGCAGCCCUCCCUGAAUUUAUCUUCCAUGAGUCCCAAGAGGAUUCUGAACAGACUUCCUGCAGUCCUCUUUACCCAUAUAAUGGAGAAAACACCUGGAAGUGUUUCCAUGCUCUGAGGAUGAACAUCUUGGGUCUCGCUCUGCCUCUGCUUGUUAUGGCCGUCUGCUACUCAGGAAUAGUUAAAACACUGCUGAGAUGCCCCAGUAAAAAAAAAUAUAAGGCCAUCCGGCUCAUUUUUGUCAUCAUGGUGGUCUUCUUUGUUUUCUGGACACCCUACAACCUGGUUGUCCUUCUCUCAACUUUUCAAAUGCACCUGGAGGCAGACUGUGAGCAGAGCAGAAAGCUGGACCUGGCCAUGCUGGUGACGGAGAUGAUCGCCUACACCCACUGCUGUGUCAACCCCGUGAUCUAUGCCUUCGUUGGUGAGAGGUUCCAGAAGCACCUCCGCCACUUUUUCUACAGGCAUGUGGCCAUCUACCUUGGAAAAUUCAUCCCAUUUCUUCCUAGUGAAAAACGGGAAAGAUCCAGCUCUGUCUCCCCAUCAACAGGGGAGCAGGAACUCUCUGCUGUAUUUUAGGUCAGAUGCAGAACAUUGCCUAAAGAAG